CUCUCUGUCAUGGCGGUCAUCAGCUGGGAAGCUCUAAAAAUGGAACGUUGUGUUCUAACGUGCUGAGAUUUGCCGAUCAGCCGCGUUCCUCGGUUGAAACCCGUCCAUAUUCUCAAGCGUGACGGCGAAUAAAGAACGCCAUGGCGCACGUACGUAAGCUUAGCAUCAGCGGGUUCCGCACGGACGACGAUGAAGACGAGAGAAAUUCGCUCGACGCGUCCUACAAGUUUGCCUGGCCCGGUGGAGAAUCGGCGGCGAACGGUGGAACCGCGUCGUUCUUUAGCGACCCAGUGCGGCUCGAACUCUUAAUUCGGCGCGACAUGUACUGCUCCAAGAGGACGUCGCGAAACUUCGGCGACUACGUGCAGAGCCGGGAACUGGGCUUACAGCACAGGCAGCGGCUAAGCGUCAACGAAACGUACGGCGCCCGACGCCUACUCCAGAACGGCCUUUACCGCGAGCGCGAGGUGAGCCUGGGGCGCAUCAACAAGGUAUUUUGCUCGGCUUGGCUGUCGGAACGCCAGAUUGUGUUCGGCACGAAGUGCAAUAAACUUAUAGUGCUCGACUCUGAGAACGGCAAGCUCUGCCAGAUCCCCAGCCUGCAGAGCUCACACUCCAGCCCGCCCCCCGAGAACCACUGCGGGAUCCACGCGCUGCAGAUUAAUCCUUCGCGUACCCUCCUAGCCACGGGCGCCCAACACGCCAACGACACGGCCGUCUACAGGCUUCCCACUCUGGAUCCCGUGUGCGUGGGCGAGAGGGCGCACACCGACUGGAUCUUCGACCUGGCCUGGCUUGACGACGAAUUCUACGUGACCGGGUCGCGCGACGCGACGCUCGCACUGUGGAGGGUGCAGGAACCGCGCGGGUGGGGUCAGCACGGCGACGACGACGCCGACGCCUCCACCUCCUGGAGCAGGUUCCCGCUGCCGCCCCGCUACCACGCGGUGAGGCCGCUCGCCGUGCGCGGCUGCAAGGACGCCGACAAGAUCCGAGCGCUUCUCUUCAGCCGGCGCCAUGAAGAGAUAGUCGCCCUCUCGCUCAACGCCUACAUCCACCAGUGGGACGCUCGGUCGCUGCGCUGGAGGGCGUCCUACAAGAUGCCCUAUUGCCAGGAGAACGUUUGCCUCGCGCAGCAGCCCGAUCGCAACGUCUACGCGGUAGGCUCCAAGUCUUACGUGACGUUCCUGGACUCGCGGACGCUCCAGCAGACGCAGAAGGUGCCCUCGAAGUACAUCGGAUGUGGCAUCCGGUCUCUCAGCUUCAUGGACGACCUGCUGACCAUUGGCACGGGUAUUGGUGUGCUGCUCUUCUUCGACCUGCGUGCUUCCAAGUACCUCGAAGACACCGACCAAGCCCGGUACAGCACCCUCAAGGCCAACAGGGGCUGGGUGCAUGCCGACGAACUGUACCGCGAGGUCUUCUGGAACACCGAGUACAAUCCGGCCAUCUACACGCACUGUUACGAUCCGUCGGGUCUGCGGCUGUUUGCAGCCGGUGGACCCCUGCCUGCGAGCCUUCAGGGCAACUAUGCGGGGUUGUGGUAUUGACAGUGGCACUCGCAGUGGAUGACAAAACCUUUCACAUCAAGCAACAUUCAAUGAACAGCAACAUCUCUUGGUGACACCGACGGAACAUUUUUUGAAGUUGUGAGAAUGGCUGGCCCGCUUAACCUGUGUUCCCUUUCGCAAGGAGCAUCAGAAGUCAGGUACCAGCAAUGCUUGAAAGUGCGCGGCAGAACUGCAUUCCUCCAAAUAGUGUUGUGAAAUUUGGCCUGCUACUGCUCUCGUUAAAAGGGUUAUAAGCACGUAACCAGAUGCGUCCCUGCCCUUAUCCAUGUUACACGCAGGGGUUUCAAGCCCGAGUUUGCUAGGAACUACCAUCGUUCUAGUAAUAGGGUCUCCAAUGUAAUCUUGCUUACGGCGCUCAAGGACGGGUGAAUGAAAGCGGGCAGACUACAGAACAACAUUCAAGCCAAGCAAGCUGCUUCAAUUCCAAAGUGGCCCAGUGUUCACAGCAGGCAAUGACCAUGCUCUCAUCAACCUUGUCUUGCGCUGCGUACGCCAUUGGUGGGCUUUGUCUCAGUCAUGGCAACCAGGCUGCUAAAGGGCUGCGGUCAAACGAAGCUAUGCCGCAUUUCUAGGGCCGCCUUGUUGUGAUAGUGCUGUCACAUUUCAUCGUGAAAAUGUUCGCUAUAAAAAGUGGAUGCAUCAAGCCAAACCAAUGAAACAAAUGUACAAUUUACAAUUGGACAGAGCAAACCUUGGCUCACAAUCUUUAUCGCCUUGUAGAGAAUCUCUCUGGCUGCAUCUUCGCCCAGUUCGUGUAUCGAAAUGGUCGUUCUGAAGUGUUCAUUUCGUGUUCCUCUAUUGUGUUCGUCACUCUGCCCACCACACGGUUGCAGAACUUGUUCUGGACAUGAUAUAACCGCCCGAUGUGCUUUCGGAAGUGAUUUGCCGUUUUUUGGCAAUUGCGUGGGCCUAGGCACUGCUCUGUGAACAUUUUGAAUACUGCAUGCAGAUUUUUUAUAAGCAUGAUGUCCUUUCGGUACCUUUGUUCCUUUCUCUCUCUUUUUUUUUACCAUUUCCCUGCAACAACUCGUGCUGUCACUUCACAAGCUGGCCGCGCGUGUGUGGUGGUCGGUGCUAUAAAUAUUUGUUUUUAUUUC